AUGCUUGAAAAUCUUGUUGAAAUGUUACAUUUCUAUGCAUGUGUCAAUGGGCGGAGUCUCUGUGUAAUUCGAAAUAUUCAUGAUGUUAAUAGUGGUGGUUGGCUUUUUGAAAUUACAAGGAAAUUCGCAAAAUCAUUCUUAGAAUAUCCAAAUUUGAACAUUAUUCGUUGUGGUAGUUUUGAAGAAGAAUUAUGUAUUCCAUUAGUGGUUAUUGGAAACAACACAGAAUCAGCUCUAACUGUAGAUGCUGAUCAUCUAAUUGUUGAUCACAACUAUUGA